GCGGGCGCGGGGAGGAGCGGGGCGCGGGCGAGGGGGCGGUGCGGCGGGCGCGGGGGCGCUGGGGAGCUAGCGCUGGGCCAGCGCCGGGAGGGCGGGCAGACAGACACGCACGCAGCCGCGGCGCGGACUCCAGCGGGAAAGUCGGGCUGCGGGUGCGCGGAGCUGGAGUCCUCCCUUGCUAGGGUGCGAGAGGCGUGGCGGUGCUCCCGGGCCUCCAGGUUCCCGCUGGGUCGCUCCUGGGCGCGGACGCCCGUCGGCGGAGUAGUCCUAUCUCGCCUGACCGCGACCCCCGCGGGCCGCCGCCCUGUGCCCCACCUCCCCAGCCUCCGGGGAGCCGGGACUGGACCGGGAACUCGUGCCGCCCUCACUGGCGGAGGGCAGGGCAGCCCGGCCCCGGCGCCGGUGUCCGGAGCCCCGACACGCACCUCUGCGUUGUUUGGUCGCGCUGGGCAGGGGGCGUCUCCAGGCAGCCCCCCGCCUGCGCCCCUACCUCCUACCUCCCCUGCCCGGGAUCGCAAGACGCGGGAUCUCCACCGGGGCCCUCGCUGGGAUCUCCGCAUUGGAUUUGGGGCCGAUCAUCACUGCCUGGCCGUUAUUAUUUAUUUUCAUUUUUCUUAACCCAAGGGAGGAAGACAAAAAGCAAAACAAAACUGUGGAUUUAUUUAACAUGAUCUUGGCAAACGCCUUCUGCCUCUUCUUCUUUUUAGACGAGACCCUCCGCUCUUUGGCCAGCCCUUCCUCCCCGCAGGGCCCCGAGCUCCAAGGCUGGCGCCCUCCAGUGGACUGUGUCCGGGCCAAUGAGCUGUGUGCGGCCGAGUCCAACUGCAGCUCGCGCUACCGCACUCUGCGGCAGUGUCUGGCGGGCCGAGACCGUAACACCAUGCUGGCCAACAAGGAGUGCCAGGCAGCCCUGGAGGUGCUGCAGGAGAGUCCUCUCUACGACUGCCGCUGCAAGCGGGCUAUGAAGAAGGAGCUUCAGUGCCUGCAGAUCUACUGGAGCAUCCACCUGGGGCUGACAGAGGGUGAGGAGUUUUACGAAGCCUCACCCUAUGAGCCUGUGACCUCUCGGCUCUCAGACAUCUUCAGGCUCGCUUCAAUCUUCUCAGGGACAGGGGCAGACCCGGUGGUCAGUGUCAAGAGCAACCAUUGCCUGGAUGCUGCCAAGGCCUGCAACCUGAACGAAAACUGCAAGAAGCUCCGCUCCUCUUACAUCUCCAUCUGCAACCGCGAAAUCUCGCCCACAGAGCGCUGCAACCGCCGCAAGUGCCACAAGGCCCUGCGCCAGUUCUUUGACCGUGUGCCCAGCGAGUAUACCUACCGCAUGCUCUUCUGCUCCUGCCAGGACCAGGCAUGUGCCGAGCGCCGCCGCCAGACCAUCUUGCCCAGCUGUUCCUAUGAGGACAAGGAGAAACCCAACUGCCUGGACCUCCGCAGCGUGUGCCGGACUGACCACCUGUGCCGGUCCCGGCUGGCUGACUUCCAUGCUAACUGCCGCGCCUCCUACCAGACGCUCACCAGCUGCCCUGCUGAUAAUUACCAGGCGUGUCUAGGCUCCUAUGCGGGUAUGAUUGGCUUUGACAUGACACCCAACUACGUGGACUCCAGCCCCACUGGCAUUGUGGUGUCCCCCUGGUGCAGUUGUCGUGGCAGCGGGAAUUUGGAGGAGGAGUGCGAGAAGUUCCUCAGGGACUUCACCGAGAACCCGUGCCUCCGCAAUGCCAUCCAGGCCUUUGGCAAUGGCACAGAUGUGAACCUUUCCCCCAAAAGCCCCACCUUCCAGGCCACUCAGGCCUCUCGGGUGGAGAAAACACCGUCUUUGCCCGAUGAUCUCAGUGAUAGCACCAGCUUGGGGACCAGUGUCAUCACUACGUGCACCUCCAUCCAGGAGCAGGGGCUGAAGGCCAACAAUUCCAAAGAGUUCAGCAUGUGCUUCACAGAGCUCACGACAAAUAUCAUCCCAGGGAGUAACAAGGUGAUCAAAUCUAACUCAGGCACCUACAUAGCCUGCUCGUCAGUAGUCCUCACCACCGCCUUCAUCCUGAUGCUGCCACUGGCCUUGUAAGCUCCAGGGGGACCUGCAUUGGUGACAUCCAAAAGCAAACAGACAAGAAACCACCUGGCAAAGUGGAUACACACACUCCUUGCAAAAAAAAAAAAAUCUUUCCCCACCUUUUCUCUGAACAUGUCUCCUCCCAGGUUUCUUCACUGGAGAAGUUUUUCUAAAGCCAAACAGACAAGCUGGCUCAAGGCCUCCUGCCUUGGCAGCCUGGGUGAGGGGCCUAACGGUUCAGGGAUCCCUCCAUAUGCUCUGCUAUUCUCUUCUCUGGACCCUGCUAACACAAGACCAAGACAAGCCUCCACAGCCCCAGGACCAAGAAACCUACCCCAGAAACCUGAUGGCAACUGGCAGAGGGAACAUUGAAGCUGGCAUGGGAACCUGGCAGUGUUGCCAGCCUCUGCUUUGCUACAAGAAUGGAUUCACUGCCAGGACUGGGUAGAUCUGUGUCCUACUGUGCUGAGGUGUUGGGGCUGCCCCUGCCCCCACCAUAGCAUAGGCUGGAGACCUCUUGGGAGCACAAUCAAUAUUAGAAGCCUCCUGGGGGAGGGGGCAAAAAAGUAGACACCAGCUCCAGGUGGCUUCUUCAUCCUUAGUCGCAGAAAUUUGAAAUCAAAGAGAAACACUACUUGUUGACUCUUUGAGUUUCUGGCAAGUUCCUUGGGUGUGUGUCUUUUGGGGAGAGGGUCUAUAGGAGGUGCUCUAAUCUCUGAAGCCCCUUAUCCUCCCUUCCUACCCACUCUUCCAUCUGCUGUCUCCUCGUUUCUGAAAUGUACUUCAACUGUACAUACGGAGCCCCCCAACAUAUAUGUAUAUAUACAUCUGUAUACAUAUAUUGUGUGGUUCCCUUUUUUUUCCUUUUUUUAAGAAACAAAAAUUAUCAAAAUAAUACCAGAUGAGCGAAAAUGUACUAUUGUAAAGUUUAUUUUUUUUAAUAAUGUUGUCUAUAACAGGAGAAAAGAAGUCUUACCCUGUGUCCCUGCCUGGGUUGGGCUGAUGGGGCCAAGGAAGGGAGUUCUGAUCUGUAUUCACAUUUAGCCAAGGCUCCAAUAAACGUUCUAGGAAGCAGUGUGCCUCCUGCCUCACUUCGGGUGUGCCUGCUCCUGUUUUGUUCUUGUCUUGGUGCCACCUCUUGGUCACCAUGCUGGGGCUCCUGGUGGCCGAAGAGAGAAUGUGCCUCUAUCCACGGCAAGCCCUUGGUGGGUGUGAGCACUGGUUUUAUACCUGAUGGGUCCGAGCCUGCUGAGUCCAUCACCUGGCUGUCAGUCACUGUCUGUUGGUCCUCAGCUGGGAAAGGGUGGAAGGCCUUGGGUGAGGGGUGAUGGAAGCCUUAGCAGUACAUCUGGAUGGAGGUUGUUUAAAGACAGCAGCCUGUAAGGCUGUGCUCAUCUGGUUGAGGGCAGGGUGACUGUCCAGCCCCAAGUCUGAAAACAAGGACCUGCUUUCUGGUUCCUACCCAGGAAGGAAGCCUGUUGUGAGUAUUUGGGAGUCAGGGUCCAAAAGUGAAGAUUUCUCUUUUCUCAAGCCCCCUUUUCCCCCCAUUUGCUGCUCAGGCUUAACCUGGACAGCGAAUUUGCCACAUUUUCCCAGAGAGGGCAAGGGGGUACUUGUGGGCUGACCUAGUGUAUGUGUGUGUGUGUUUGUGUGUGUAUUCACAUGGGUAUAUGUAUGCACCUAUGUGUGGACUUGUUUGUGUGAGUUCAUGUUCAUAGCAGAAAGGAAGAGAGAGGGCUGCCAGGUUUUUUAGAGGUUCCCUAUCAGCAUGGCCUUCAGAAUGACACGUUCUUAUUCCCCUCCCCUGCUGCACCCCCCCCCCCCCCGAUUUGGGAUACUAGUUUAUCCCCCAAGCCCUGGUCCCCCGAAUGCCUUUUUUUCACACACCAGGAAUAUCAGCCCAUGGUGUUGAUCAACCCCCCCACCCCCCACCCCCUGCAUGGCGGUAACCAGCCAGCCAGCCAGCCCUCAUUCCCAGCCACUGCCAGCCUUGCUGUGCAUCCAGGUAGCCAUAGAGUCUACUUGGGGAUUUGUGUUAUUUGCAGACAGCAAAGAUGGGAGAACUGAUAGGCUUUGGGGGAAGGUGACUCACAGAAGUAAUGGGAAUUGGGAGGCUGCGGGAUGGGGACUGGGGCAUCUGGAGGGACAGAAGCAGGGUCUGUAGGGCCAGUGUGAGGUCUUUUUUGUGAUGAACAUCCAGCCAUUCCAACUGGCCAGCCUGGCCUUAUAUCAUCCUUCCUCCAUUCUUGGGGAGUGGAGGAUGUGGCCUGCUGGCAUCCCCACUGGGGGCUGAGUCCUCAGCUGACUGCAUGGAGGAGCAGAGAGAACAGUCUCUGAAGAGCAGGAGAGACCAUGCGGUGGAGGAGUGGGUGCUAGGCAGCACCCUCUGCCUUAGAACAUUGCUCUUCUGUCCAGGCUACACCAGAGAUUUCACCAUGAAAUACUUCAAAUGAGACAACUGUGUUCUCUGUGGUCUUCUCAAAAUAUCUCAAUAAAACCAGGAAGAAUAAAUGACUCCUA